CUCUUUCAUUCACUUCAUCAUUCACUUUGAUUAUUCCAUCAAAUUGAUCUCCAAUGCUCCCUCGAUUAGUCUGAACAUCAAUCAAUAUCCGCCAUCGCAUCAAAAAUUUCACCCGCAGAUCCAAUCACAAUUAUCUUUCUUUCCUUCCUUCUCAUGGUUCACGUUCUGUGUUGAAUCGAUCAAACUAUGUACUUGGUCUUACCCAAUCACCUUUUCGGUAGCCCGUAUGAGAUUACAACCCUCCUUCGACUGCAAUUCAUCAGUCUCAAUCAAAAUCCAUUCCUUGCCUUCCUGUGGAUAUUGGCUCUACUCCCCAGGGUCACGCAUCUGUGAUGAUUUGGGCCCGGUAUACCGGGAUGGUUGUGGCCGUUAACGUGGCACAAGUUAGCUCCACUCCCCUAUCAUCCUAGAUGUAAAGCGGUGGUAAUCUGAGUCGGCGAGCUACCUACUCAUGACAAAUCAAUACCCGCCAUCUAUGAACUUCACUUGAACCCUAUUGUUGAAGAUCAGCAUAUAAAUAUGAAGUCUUUCAUACCUAGUCCCGGAACAUAUCUCACUUUCCCUUCAAUAAUUUCAACUUCUAAAAAUCACUCAUCAUCAUACCAGCUCUUGAACAACCUUGAAUUCAUCGGAUACCUAUUGUUUCUUUGGAUCCUCUGCAUCACUCUAAGAUUCUGAUUCACACUCAUUCUUCACGUUCAUUUCUAUCAAAAGAACAAAAGCAACACGGCAACUCGAGUCUUCACUGAGCUAUUUGACAGCAACUUGAUAAGGAUUUUCCUUGUCGUGAUACCAGAUAAAUUUCCACCAAUCUAAGCCCCGUUGAAAGGUCUUCCUCCCCGUCACUCUCUCGUUCAUCUAUCUCGUAUCAUUCAUUCCAGCUCGACUUCAAAGCAUUCCCAUUCUCCUCUUCCUUUUCGCAUUCACCAUUUACUUCAGGUAGGCGUUUAUUAUUUUUCUCGAUUAUUUUUCUAGUUCUACUUCUCUUCCAUCCUCAUCAUGUCAUCAACCUUAUGCCUACGUCCAGCUUGUCUCACUGAGAUCUCCCAAGGCGCUUCGUGGUCUCAUUGUUUAGCAAAAUGUCACCUUGAGAGGGAACGUAUCGACUUUGCUCAUAGUCAACUAAAAGCUAUCGAAGUAUACUACAUACAUGAACAACAAGUGGCAAAGCGACAAAUGAUGGAGCCACAUCUGAAAGGAACCGAGUCUUGCAAGGUUUAUGGAUUAACACCUCAACAAUUUAUCCAUCCUCAUUAUUUCACUCAACAUCUUCAUCAAGCAUAUCGACAACGACAAGCCUCUAAACGAAUGUGUCGACAAAAGAAGCAGAAAAAUAAAUUUGAAUCUGAUGUUGAAAACGCCUCUAAGAGUGUAUCUGAAGUUCUGUCUGCUUUACGAACUUCACUUCUAAAUCGACGUAAGGAAGUCGAAGAAAGAAGUUCAAUUUAUGUAUCAGAAGUGAUUCAAGAAGAAGAUGACAUGAAAGUUGAAUACGAGUUUCAAGGUCAACUGUCUCAAAAAUCACAAUCCGAUCAUCUUACUGCUUCAAAUCACGCACAACAACUCUUAGAGCUACAACAACAAGAGUAUCAACGUCAGGUAUUACAACAACAAUACCUUUUAGCAGAACAACAAAGAAGAUACCAAGAUCAACAAGAGCAAGAGUAUCAAAUCAGGCUUCUCCAACAUCGUCAACACGAGGAACAUCAGAGACAUCUCCAUCUUCAACAACUCCAAUGCUCCCAAACUCAACAAGCUCAGCCGCCUCAAGGUAUCCGGACCGGAACAAGAUCCCGGGCCAACGCUCGCUCUUCCGGGUCUGUACCACCCGUCACCACUUCGACUCCCAUCCCAUGGGUCGUGGCAGCAGCGGCUAAGAUUUCAUCUUUACAAAGCAUUCCAAGUCCUUCAAAAGAUUUGGCAUGUCCCGAAGUUGAAAUGGUAGAUUUGUUUUUCCCAAUGGUGACAGAAGAUGAUCGGAUGGAUAUAGAGUUUCAACAUGAUGAUGAUGAUAAGAUGGUCAUUGAUAGUUUUGAGAUGGUAAAGAGUGAUUCAGAUUGUGUGAUGAUGGAAGUUGAAUCUGAUGAUGAAGAUUCGAUGAUGGAAUAAGUUCUUUUUUUCUCUUUUCUUCAAUUCUCAUUUCUAAUUGCAUUGUUAUCUCUUCUUCUUUUUCUCAUUCUAAAUGCAUCGUUUUCUCUUGUGUUUCGACUCUUCGAUGUUACUUUUUUUUAAUUUCUCUUUUGGUUUUGACUUCUCCUACGCUUGCAUAUUCAAUUUUGUUUAUAUUCGAAAUUCUCAUGCUUUCAUGCUUUCAUGCUUUCAUUUCUUUCUCAAUACUAUUUAGUUGUUUAUCUUAUCUUGAAAGCACCGGAGAUUGCUUUAAUCCGCCUAAUCCAAUAAUCUCAAAUCAAUUAUGCUUUCUUUUUC